AUGACAACUCCCUACAUUUAUUGGUUAAAAGAAUCAGCAUAAAUUUAAGAAUAUAGUGUUGUUGGUAUAAUUGAUGGUUCAGGAUCAAUGUGUGAGGCUUGGAAUGACUUAUGUAAAGCUUGGAAUUACUUUGUAAGUGGAUUCAAAAGUGUUUAUUGUAUUCAGUAUGAUGACACAGCUAUACUUUAAGUAAGUCCAUAAUUAACUACAUAAAAAGGAGAGGGAACAAAUAUUGAAUUAGGAUUUAGAGAAUUAAUGAAGUUGAUUAAAUCUGGUAACUUAUUACAAAAUAUUCUUAUCAUCUUUAUUACUGAUGGAAUAGGAGAACAUGAUGGAAUAGAAUAGUAUUUUGAAGAGAUGAAUAAAGAAUUUGAAUAAUUACAUUCUUAAGGAUAUUAAUUUAAAUUUCAUACAUUAGCUUUGGGAGAAGAAUUUUCACAUCCUGUUGCUGCAGAAUUGAAAAUGAUUAUUCAUAAUUCAGGAAUAUUAUCAUCAUAAAUAGAUUUAAUAUAAAACACUAAAAUUGAUUUUACCAAAGUAUUGUAAGAUAUUAAGGAUGAAGUUUUCUAUUAAAUGAUACGUGUUGAUCCAUAAUGUUAAUUGACUACAUUUACAGGACCAGUACAUAGAGUGACUCCUAAUCAAGUAUUAUUUACAAAUAGCAAUUCUAUUAGAGUUGGCGGAAAAUAAAUUAAUUUAGAUAAAGAAGGCGUAACACCAGAAGCUUUAGAUAGAUUUAUUAGAUAAAUAAUGACUAAAUUAAUGGAGUUUAAUUCAAUUGGUAAGGAUGUUAAAUAGGAAGCAAUAUAAGCAUUAUAAAUUAUUGAAAAAUUGAAAUCUAGAGUAACUUUUAAAGAAGAUGAUGAUGAAAUUAAAAAAUUUAUUGAUUAAAAUAUACAGAAAAUUGAAGAAUUUGCAACUGGAAAUUUAAAUCUAAAAGAAUUUCAACCAUUAUAAGCAGCAAAGUUUAUGCAUGAUGUAUAAGACCUUAUCAUAAGAGACAAAAAGAAAAUGUAAAGAAUUAAAAGAAAGUCUGUAGUUCAUGCUUAAUUAACUAUGCAUCCUUAAUAACCAAAAGUAAUUAUAUAAUUUAAUAAAAUAGCAAUAAGUAAAAGAUUAUUAUAAAGAAUUGGCUUUAAAAAGAUUAGAACAAUAUGAAAAACAAUUAAAUAAUUAAGAACUUUAUGAAGACUUAAAGGAAUUUGCAAAAUAAAAUAAGGUUAAGACUUUAGAUCAAAUAGUUUACUUAACAAAAACACAUGAUUUUCAAUUAAAAAACAUCAAGGAAUUUAUAUAAACUGAUGAAGAUACAGCUAUAGAUAUGAUAGAUUUAUUUUUAAUAUCCUUAGAUUGA